AUGCAAAGAAUGUUAAUGGCGUUUUCUGCUUGUUUUCUCUUAGUUCUUCUGCAAAUUUUCUCAGCUUCACUUUUUAGUCUUGCUCAAGAUCAGUCAGGAUUCAUCAGUUUGGAUUGCGGUUCACCGAAAGGAACUACCUUUCGUGAGAAAACAACAAACCUUACGUACAUUUCCGAUGCGAAUUUCAUCAAUACCGGUAUUGGUAGAAGCAUCAAACAAGCAUACCGGACUCAAUUCCAACAACAAACCUGGAACCUAAGGAGUUUUCCACAAGGCAUAAGAAAUUGCUAUACCCUAAACCUAACCAUAGGUGAUGAAUAUCUGAUCAGAACAAACUUCUUACACGGCGGUUAUGACGAUAAACCAUCCACGGAAUUCGAGCUCCACCUCGGACCUAACCUAUGGACUAAAGUUUCAACAACAAACGAGAACCAAACAUCAAUCUUUGAGAUGAUUCAUCUUUUGACCACUGAUCGGUUACAAAUCUGUCUGGUUAAAACAGGAGACUCAACGCCUUUUAUCUCCGCUUUAGAGCUUCGUAAACUCAUGAACACAACUUACUUGACUCAACAAGGGUCCUUGCAGAACUUCAUUAGAGCAGACGUUGGCUCAACUACUAACCAAACUUUCAGGUACGGAAUCGAUGUUUUCGAUCGUGUUUGGAUACCAUUUAAUUUUGGAAACUGGUCACAGAUCAGUACCAAUCAGACAGUGAAUGUCAACAAUGACUAUCAACCACCAGAGAUUGUUAUGGCCACAGCUUCUGUUCCAACAGAUCCGGACGAACCUAUGAACAUUACGCUAGUCGGGGUGGAACGCACAGUGCGAUUCUACGUUUUUAUGCAUUUUGCCGAGAUUCAAGAGCUCAGUUCCAAUGAAACAAGAGAAUUUAAUAUCGUGUACAACGAUAAGCAUAUCUACGGACCCUUUAGACCGCUCAAUUUCACUACUACUUCCGUAUUUACCCCUACCGAAGUUGUCGCCGACGCGAAUGGACAGUACAUUUUUUCGAUUCAAAGAACAGGAAAUUCGACAUUGCCUCCUCUGCUCAAUGCCAUGGAGGUUUAUAUGGUUAACUUGUUGUCGCAACAAGAAACCGAAAGAAAAGAAGUUGAUGCAAUGAUGAAUAUCAAGUCGAGUUACGGUGUGAACAAGAUCGACUGGGAAGGAGAUCCCUGCGUGCCACGAGAUUAUAGAUGGUCCGGUGUUAAUUGCACUGACAUUGACAAUGAGAUUCCAAAGAUCAUUUCUUUGAACUUGUCUUCAAGUGGCUUAACCGGAGAAUUAUUGGAAUACAUAUCAGACCUUACCAAUUUAGAAGUUCUUGACUUGUCUAACAAUAGUUUAACUGGUUCGGUCCCAGAGUUUUUAGCAAACAUGGAAACCUUAAAAGUCAUAAACCUAUCAGGCAAUGAGCUAAAUGGUUCAAUCCCUGCAACUCUCCUCGAUAAAGCACAAAGAGGAUCGAUUUCAUUAAGUAUCGAAGGAAAUACCGGGCUAUGUUCGUCCGCUUCAUGCGUGAAGAAGAAGAAAAAGACAGUUAUUGCACCUGUUGCAGCCUCACUUGUUUCAGUCUUCCUCAUUGCAGCUGGAAUUGUUACAUUCCUUAUCCUGAAGAGGAGGAAGAAGAGAGCCAAGCUUGGUUUUAAUCCCAACUUAGGUACCGGUACAACACCGUUACAUUCGACUUCUCAUCACGGUUAUGAAUCUCCCGUGAUCGCGAAGAACCGGAAAUUGACUUACAUAGAUGUUGUUAAGAUGACGAACAACUUUGAGAGGGUUCUUGGUAGAGGAGGCUUUGGUGUGGUUUAUUACGGCGUAUUGGAUAACGAACCAGUCGCUGUUAAGAUGCUCACUGAGUCAACUGCACUUGGUUACAAACAGUUUAAAGCCGAGGUUGAGUUGCUUCUUAGAGUUCAUCACAAAGAUCUCACAUGUCUUGUUGGAUAUUGCGAAGAAGGCGAGAAAAUGUCUCUAAUUUAUGAGUUUAUGGCGAAUGGAGACUUGAAAGAGCACUUAUCAGGGAAGCGUGGACCGUCGGUACUAACUUGGGAAGGAAGGCUUCGCAUAGCAGCGGAAUCAGCGCAAGGAUUGGAAUAUUUGCAUAAUGGAUGCAAACCGCAAAUAGUUCACCGCGACAUUAAGACAACGAACAUCUUAUUAAAUGAGAAAUUCCAAGCUAAGCUUGCGGAUUUCGGGCUUUCACGGUCUUUCCCACUUGGAACUGAAACUCAUGUCUCAACCGUAGUCGCAGGAACUCCCGGAUACCUAGAUCCCGAAUACUACAGAACUAAUUGGUUGACUGAGAAAAGCGAUGUGUUCAGCUUUGGUGUUGUUCUACUUGAGCUAGUAACAAACCGACCCGUGAUAGACCAGAAAAGGGAAAGACCACAUAUAGGUGAAUGGGUAGGUUUGAUGCUAUCAAGAGGAGACAUUACUAGCAUUGUGGAUCCUAAGCUUCAAGGAGACUUUGAUCCAAACACGAUAUGGAAAGUUGUUGAGACCGCAAUGACUUGCCUAAAUCCGUCUUCUUCGCGUAGACCGACGAUGACUCAAGUUGUAAUGGAUCUGAAAGAAUGUUUGAACAUGGAGAUGGCAAGAAACAUGGGAACUCGUAUGACCGAUUCAACUAACGAUUCUUCAAUCGAGAUAUCCAUGAAUUUCACAACAGAGCUUAAUCCUGGUGCUAGAUGA